GUCUCUAUACUCACCGCCACUACGACCAUUCUUCUAAUAAUGCCUCCGAAAAAGAAGAAUAAAGGGCGUCAUGCCGCGGCUGACGACGAUUCUCCUCCUGUCCCGGAGCCAAUCAUCUUUGAUGGCUGGACCGACGAGCAGGAGACGACUCUCUUCAAAGCUAUCGCUGAAUAUUAUAUAGGAGUACACAAGCACUUUCGCAUAAUCGGCAUUGCCGAAUUGAUGAAGAACCAUGGAGUCUCCGACACUCACACCAACAUUGAAGGCAUCUGGCGCAAGCUACAAUCGCAGUAUUACCUCGAGGGUUUGGACGAACGCGAGGACAUUGAAGACGACCUAGACACUCCGGAUCCCUCGAGCGAAUUUACCCUUCCGGCCGAUGAAUAUGGGGCGCUCAUGUUCUCCCGACGAUCUGACCCCAAUAGUAUCGACAGCCCUCUUACUGUUGUUCCGCAGACUUUCUGGGCGACUGGGACGAAGGGGAAGAAGAGCGGCAGAGCUGCGCGAAGCGAGUCCGUUGUUUCGGGUGUUGGGACUGGAUCUGCUAGUGUCAAUCCAGACGAUACGGAAGAUGAAUCCGCCAGGUCAGCUUCUCCGGCCCCUACGAAGACCAGAAAGAACGCUGCCAAAGCCGGUACUCCAUCAACUUCAACUACCACUACCACCGCCUCCCGGCGAAAGCCUCCUAUUAGAAAGAAGGGUUUAGUUACCAAAACUAAGCCCAGCCAUAAACGGAGACCACCCGCUAAACCCGCCUCUAGUGAAGAAGAGUCCGAUGUCUCCGACGAUGAACUCUCUGAUUUGCCCGAUGACGUAGAUGGUGACGAGGAUGCUGGUACAAUUGCAGGGACCGAAGCUGGGGAGGAGGAGGAGCCUGAGGUGGUCGCGGAGAGUGAGAUGGGGGAAAGUACUACUGCCCCUGGUACUCCACCACCGGUACCAAAGAAGAGAGGGAGGAAACCGGGAUCCAAAAAGGCAGUUCCUCCUCCAAAGAAAGUGGCCAGGAAAGGGGAUGUUAGAAGAAGCACAAGAAGAAAAUAACAUGACUAGUUUCAUGGCUCUUCG